GCAUGAGGAACUGUAUAAAAGGGCCACAGCAUUAGGAAGGUUGAGAGCCACUGAUCUAGACAGAGUGAGGGGAUCAAGGUGUUAGUGAGCCCCUACGCUGCCUCAGAAAGGGUGGCAUGGGGCAUCUGCAGAGGGCCAUGGCAGGUAGAAUCCUGGCCCUGUGUGAGGUGAGGCCUGGUUGCCAGGUGAGUGUCCCAGGGCAGCCACGUGCUGCCUGCUUGCUGUGCUCACUCAGUGGUCGGCACCUCAAAGUUCUUACCCCUUUUCACCAUGUCGAGGCAGCUCAACAUGGACACCCUGCGACAAAACUUCUGGAAGGAGGAAUACCUCAAAGAGAUGAAGGUGCGCUGCGAAUGGCACCGCAAGUACGGGACGAUGGUGAAGGCCAAGCAGAAGGCUAAGGCUGCAGCCCGUCUGCCCCUCAAACUACCCACCCUGAUGCCAAAGGCCCCAGUCUCACCACCAGCUGUCUCCAAAGUAGCCCCUUCUAAGGCCCCCAGCCCUGCCCCUCAGCCUCUUUUCCAGUCAGAAAUGUACCCGGUUCCGUCUGACACCAAAGCCCUGCUGUAUGAAGGCAUCUCCCAUGACUUGCAGGGCCGUUUCCAGUAUCUCAACACGCGAAAGCUGGACCUGCCGGAGAGGCGGUACCUGUUCCCCAUCACCACCAACUUCACAUAUGGCUGGCAGCUCGGCCCUGCAACAAAGCAAGAAUUGGUCUCCUGCAAGAUGUGCCGCAUUGAGUCAUUCUUCCGUAAGAAUGGGGCCUUUGCAUUACUGGACCCCCGAGAUCUGGCCCUCUGACCUUGGGCCUGGCAGUGAUUUAGGGGCAGAAAGAGGAAA